ACGCGUCAGUACAGCGGGCAGAAUUCAAACUGUGCUUCGUGUUUACGUUUGACAGCUAACAGCUAACUUAACAUUCAGCGCUUUUACAGAUAAAAACUGAUAAAAACAGAUAAAAUACCGAUAAUUAACAGCAUUAUUAUUAGUUUAUACAGCUUAUUCUCCUCUAUCUGAACCUCCGGAUCUUUAUCAGCGGGUUUUUCUCCCUCCGGACUGUAUUAUGGAUCCGACACUCGACCAGAAUCUGGACCUGUAUUUCUAUAAGAACCGGUUAGCCACCUACUCCGGCUGGCCUUUCGACGAGGAAUGUGCCUGUACUUCUGAAAACAUGGCCCAGGCUGGAUUUAUCCACACUCCCUCUGAUAACAGUCCAGACGUGGUCCAGUGCUUCUUCUGCUGUAAGGAGCUGGAGGGCUGGGAGCCUCAGGACGACCCGGUGAAGGAGCACAGGUCUCACUCUCCAGCCUGUAACUUCAUCCUGCUGAAGAAAGCAGUGGAGGAGCUGACGGUGGAGGAGUUCCUCAAGCUGCAGAAAGAGAGACAGAAAUUUCACAUCAAAAAGACCUGCAACCAGGCCAUUGAGAAAUUUGAAGUUUCUGCAAAGUCCAGAAGAGGCGAUAUCGCCAGAAUGGCCAUGGAAGGAUAAAUAGACUUGGAGUCUGGAGUGUUUAAUACUUUAUCUGUUAUCUUGUUGUUGGUUUUCUGUGUUGUAUGUGUGUGUUGUGUUGAUAAAGUUGCAAAAAAAGUUGCAAAAGCCACUUAAAAUGUGUGAGUUUCUUUGAUUUUACCAAAUUGAAGAAGAUGCAUGAUCACACGCCCUCAAAUUCUUCAUGGAUCUGUAUAUCUGAUAUUAUUACUAGUUAUAUACUACAAAUAUACAGCUCUGGAAGAAAUUAAGAGAGCAUUUCAAAAUAACAAAAGAGGCUGAAAUAAUAAAAAAAGAUGCAGAGCUUUCAGACCUCAAAUAAUGCAAAGAAAACAAGUUCAUAUUCAUAAAGUUUUAAGAGAAAUCAAUAUUUGGUGGAAUAAUCCUGGUUGGUUUUUAAUCACAGUUUUUAAUUUCAUGCAUCUUGGCAUCAUGUUCUCCUCCACCAGUCUUACACACUGCUUUUGGAUAACUUUAUGCUGCUUUACUCCUGGUGUAAAAAUUCAAGCAGUUCAGUUUGGUGGUUUGAUGGCUUGUGAUCAUCCAUCUUCUUCAAUUUGGUAAAAUUAAAGAAACUCAUCAUUUUUAAUUGGUCUCUUGUUUUUUUAAAGUUAAGAUUUGAUGUUGUAUAAACUUGUAUCUUAUUGUGCGUUAUCUUUACUCGUGUUAUCUUGUCGUAUAUAUGGUUAUAUAUAUGUUGUGUAAACAGUCUCUCCUGUUGUCCUGUUGAAGCUCAGCAUCCGCUCAGUAAACUCUGUCCUUGAAUGUUUGAUUUAAUAAAGGAAGAAAUGAA